AUGGCAAAAUCUACAGGUCUAGAUAAGAUCUCAACUAAGCUAAUAAAACAGGCAGGCGAUACAAUAACUGAAUCACUUCUAGAAGUGUUUAACCGAUCUCUUAGGACAGGAAUAUUUCCAGAUGAUUGGAAAUUUGCCAAAGUGACUCCAAUAUAUAAGUCAGAAAACAAAACCUUAUGUGAAAACUAUAGACCGAUAUCAGUCAUUUCGAAUAUCGCCAAAAUAUUUGAGAAAUUAGUCUGUAGACAACUAAAUACCUUCCUGGAUAACAACAACAUAAUUGUAAAAAAUCAAUCAGGCUUCCGUCGCAAUCACUCAACCGAAACCUCGUUACUACAAUCUACUGAAAUGUGGUUGAAAGCAAUGGACCAGGGUCAAAUAAAUGGGGUUAUUUUCUUAGACCUGAAAAAAGCAUUUGAUACGAUUGAUCACCAGAUUCUAUUGUCAAAACUACAAGCUUAUGGGAUACGCGACCACACACUCAAAUGGUUCCAAUCGUAUUUAGAUCAAAGAAAGCAAAUUUGCAUGCUAAAUAACUGUAAAUCUGAUAUUGAAACAAUUCGUUGUGGAGUACCUCAGGGUUCAAAUCUUGGACCUCUAUUAUUUCUCAUUUACAUAAACGACCUCCCAAACUGCCUAGAAACAACACAUUCUAAUUUAUUUGCUGAUGACACAAUUUUAUCAUGUCAAGGGCAUUUAUCCAUAGAUAUUGAAUACAAACUUAACAAAGACCUAGUAAAUGCUCAAAAAUGGUUAUCAGCGAAUAAACUAACAUUAAACAACGAAAAAACCAAAUAUAUGAUUAUUGGAUCUCGGCAACGAUUGAAAAACUUAGAUCACGUGCCAAAAAUCAGUAUAAACGGACAUCAAAUUGAACGAGUUUAUAAAAAGGAAGCUUUGGGUAUAGUUAUAGACGAUAGACUUAGCUGGAAUAGGCAAAAUGAAGAACAAUGUAACAAGAUAUCAAAAAAUAUUAAUCUUUUAAGAAAAGCCAAAGAUUUUGUUGGCCUAGAUACGCUCAAAAUUAUGUAUAACGCAUUAGUCGCGCCUCAUUUUAACUACUGUUCAACUGUUUGGCAAAAUAACAACCAAACACACAAAGACAAAUUAUAUAAGCUUCAGAAACGAGCAGCAAGAAUAAUAACAAAUUCGGACUAUACUAUAAGAUCUUCGGACAUUUUUCAAAAACUUAGCUGGAAACCUCUUGACUUAGUUUUGAAAAAGCGAGAUCUCCUUAUGACAUUUAAAGCGAUUAAUGGCAUGCUUCCAGACUACGUAACACAACUAUUUCACACUUGCGAAAACAAUAGUUACGUACUGCGCAGUAGUAAUUUAAAGCUGUCUCAACCUAAACCAAAAACGAAUUUCUUGAAAAAUAGCUUUUCGUACAGAGGAGCAGCGUAUUGGAACAACAUCCCAGUAAACUUGUUGAAAACCCUAAGAGAAUCAACAAGUUUAAAAUCUGUCCAUCAUCUAUUAAAUAAUUACAUCUUGUAAAUAAGUAAAAAAGUAAAUAUUAAGUAUAUUUUGUAAAUUAGUAUAAUUUAGUUUAUUAGUUCCUUCUUUAAUAAUGCAUUUAUUUUCCGCACGGCCCUUUGAAAAUCACCUAUGUGAAAGGUUACCGUGUUUAAAGAUCAAUAAUAAUAAUAAUAAUAAUAGUAGUCGAAAACAGACUUCAUUAACAUUACAUGACGCUACUCAAAAUUAACCUUUCUCACGCCGCCAUUUUUGCCCGGCGGGUGGCUUUUCAGCCGACGUCUGCGAGAUAAGUCCACAAAGCAACGGUUUUACUAACACUAACCCUACUCCAAACACCAACUCUAACCCUAAUCCUUACCCUAACCCGAACCUAACCCUACUCCAAAUUUGUUUCUAAACCAAUCUUGAAGAAAAACGUUUUUGACGAAAUGUCAUUCUGAGGUCAGCGAAAUAGUUGAUUGGUGCCACAUAACAUGACGAAUAUCCGCCAUUUUGGGUGGCAUCUAAUUCUCGUAAACCAAUAAUCUCGUAAACUAACUAUUUACAAAGCAAAUUUUAACAUAAUUCGCCCAAAAAAUUAUAAAAAGUCGCUAUUAUGCCGGACUUAUCCUCACAGACUUCGGCUGAAAACUGCCAUCGGCAAAAAUGGCGGCGUGUAAUUUUUAUUAACUUGUAAUUAUUAAUUUAUUAAUUUAUUACUUUUAUUAAUUUUUUUUAACUUGUAAUUUUUAUAUUAUAAUUUCAGCUAUGGAAAUGUUUGAGAAGUUACCAAAUGGUGGAUGUAUUGCACGCUCAGUUGUGAAUUUAGCAUUUCCGUUGAGUGACCGCGACUACCUGGUAUAUAUUUCACCUCCGUACGAAACCAACGACUGGUUUGGCAAAAAAGCUUUUGCUAUUUUCCUCCUGGAUGCCACGCAUCCAUCUAGGCCAGCGGGGGCUGACGGUAUUGUUCGCGCAACGAACGGUGGGAAUUUUUACAUCGCCGUGCAAGACGAAGAAGAGCCUGGGCACAAGUGUGAAACGUUGAUGUUAGCAACCAAUAAUUAUAAUGGAUGGUUUCCAAAGAGGAAUGAAUGGUUGGUGGCUAAAAAUGCUCCCAACUUUUUCUACCAUUUGCGACAGCGUGUUGUUGAAGGAUACAAAGAAUACUUUAACAAUUAA